AUGGAGAAUGGAAAGAAUUGCUGGAUACAACGAAAUGGGAAGGUUGGGCUUCCCCACAUCCCCCCGGUUAAACGAUUUCCCUGGGUCAAGCCCCAUGGGGAGGACGGAAAGAAUUUCCUUGCAAGUCUCCUUGGAAAGCUCGAUGUCUCCAAGAAGAAAUCGCCUGGUAGCUGGCUGGUUGUCCGACACCUAAAAUGCGAUGUCAAUGACCUUGUUUGCGAGCACUGCCAACAAGCUGGCGUGGAUUGUGACAGGACCAAUAUCCGGUUUCGCAAUGGUCUCUCAUUACCCAAAGAAGCUGAGCUUGCCUUUUCAGAGAGCUGCUGGCCCCAACUGCAUGGCAAAGGUGAACGAACUAAUGGUUUGCUAUUAUCUAAAUCUAACCAUGCAUUUCUAGUGCGCUUCCAUGACGAAACACCAGAGAUCGCUAGCCUGUACUCGACCAUUCAGGAUGGCCGGUUACCGGUAGAGUUGAUAGAGGAGCUCGAUAUCCCAAGUGGUCUGCUAGCGGAACAACCAUAUGCAGCUAAUGGAGCCGACGAAGGCAAUGCCUUGGCCCAAUUCCCAGCUUUCACUGCAGAAAAUGUGUCACCAUCCUUUCCAUCAUUGUCUUCUCCAAGAUCAAUUCAAUCAAGAACGUGCCACCCUUUGCAGCCGCUAAGCGAACGAGAAGCCAUCUUGUUGAGGAACUUCGUUGAGAAUAUGGCGCUCUGGGCUGAUAUCACGGACCCCCAGCGUCAUUUUGAAACAGAGGUUUCAGCCCGGGCAUUGAAAGAGCCUGUUUUACGAUAUGCAAUUUUUGCAUUUUCCUCCCGCCAUCUUGACCGGCACGACAACAGCGAUGUAACAGAGGCACUGCAGUACCAUAAUUGUUGUGUUCAACUGCUUAUUCCAGCGCUUUCUGGGCCUCGUGAUCACAUCACCGAGGAUAUACUAGCUGCAGUCGCUAUACUCCGUCAACAUGAGGAAAUGGAUGGGGAGGACAACCAAUUCCAUCUCACUGGCACAACUCAUAUUCUAAAUACAGUGUCAACCUUUGGCUCUUCUGGUGGCUUGGGCGAAGCUGCUGCUUGGCUUUGUUUGCGGCAGGAUAUUUAUAUCUCGUUAACCAGCCAACGGCCUCUGCGGACCAACGUACAGAGCUUCGACCACUCAGAUGUGUUUCAAAGAAAUGAUGACUUUGCCUGGUCAAGCAGAAUGGUCUUCUUACUUGCUAACGUUCUCCAGGGUGCUUUCACGGACUCUACUAUAGCACGUAGCACAGACCAGAUCGAAGAGUGGUAUGCUGCUAAACCGCACACCUUCGACCCAGUUCGAUCGGUCCCACGAGGCCCCGGGCCAGAUCAACGACUCCCUACCAUUUGGAUGCUGCUACCCGUGCAUGUUAUUGGCAUUCAAUACUACCAUAUUGCCAAGAUUGUGUUAGCGCUUUCCCAGUCUCCACGGGCAUCUUCUACCUAUCAGAGCUUGCGGCAUUCUCGGACAGUCGAGGUUCGUUGGACACCAACAUCUUUCGGUCGUCGCUCACAAUGGAUUUAG